AUGAACCGUUCACACGCCGUCGUUUCCUUCAUUUUCUUCGUUUGUUUCACAUCUCAGAUUGAUUGUGAUUGUAAGAACAACGUAGGUUUCUUCUGGAAAGAGUUGCUUUCAGGUUCCUUGAAAGCAGUUCUUCGCGGAGUGAACGUCAAACAGAAUUUGGGAGAGGCAACAAGAAAAGUGAGCUUUUUUGAACUUCGGAUAGUAUUACAACAAAUCAAUCAUUCCCAACGUCUUACCUACUUUCUAACGAUAAACUUGGGAAAUUGCAGUUACUCAAAGAUGAACCUGAUUGCAAAAGGAAAUGCGCCGAUUUGACCGAUUUCCCGUGCAAAGCCAUACUUUGGCCAACCGAAGACGGAAAGGGAGAUUGCUAUCUUUUGAGUGAUGUGAUUUUUUUCUGAAUUAUUUAUUCAAUGUUGUCAACUCACUCAGGUCAACUUAAAACAAGAUAUUUUCGUGGAUGAAAGAAAUUUCAUACUUUAUGUGCAAGUUUGUGAUGGCGAAGCACAAUCCAACGUCAGUUUUUGUCAAUUUGAGGAAACCAAGAAAGGCAUUUCUUUAUCGAAAAGUGAAGCGCAUGAAUCUCCAGGUCGCGAAUUUAAAUUUGACAAACACGAUGAAAGAUUCAGGAGCGACAACUGAAGCUUCGUGCAAAGAAUUUUGCGUGUCGAAAUAUAGUGGUGUUGACUGUAAUGCGUACAUCGUAUCUACAGACCGGUAAGUAAAAUAAAUCGUUUUAUUUUACUGCGCUUGAAAUUCUUUCACUCUACGAAAUUUCGAAGAACAAAAUAUUUAUUUGAAACAUACAAUGCUACAGCGCAUCAACGUGUACUUUAUACGCUACAGUUCCACAAGAUCUCACCGCAGGUUCACAAAAUUUAUGGACCAAGUCCUGUUCUAAACCGGCAAGUAAGGGAGAAUUUCUAAGAAAAAUUGCAAAAAAAAAAUCCGAAAUUUUAGAAAACUGUGAAUACACGUCAUGGUCAGAAUGGAGUUCUUGCAUAGUUAGUUGUGGCGGUGGUCUAAGGCAAAGAAAUCGAACGGUUCUUUCCGAGCCUGGUGUAUCUGGAAUUGCUUGUUUUGAGAGCGAAACAACGGAAGUCGGAACUUGCGGAGCUCAGGUGAGCUGUAACAUUGAGUUUGAUUCUGCUAUUUCAAAAAGGAUCUGAAAAACUUUCACAUCGCCCUUUUAUCUCGUCACACAUGAUUAUAUACUUUUUUUAGGAAUGUAACGCGGCCUGUAUUUUCAAAGAAUGGAGUGCUUACAGCAGUUGUAAUGCAUCUUGUGGCGAAGUCGGUAAAAUUUCAAGAUCAAGAAUGAGUCUGCAAGGGUCCUGCGAUCCAGAAACUCAAACAACGGUUAGUCUCUUCAAAGAGAUCGAACUCAUUCUCAACUUCUAGACUUGUAACGGCGCUCUUUGUGACAGUCCUGAGAACGGAGUCUGCCUGUAUUCUUUGUGGAGCGAGUGGUCAUCGUGCAACUCGUUAUGUUUCACAUCACGCACAAGAACUCUUGAGGUGAGUUUGAUACCUAAACAGAGUAGUAGAGAAACAACUCAUACAAAGGUGGGAUCUGAGCGAAAGUGCGAAAUAUCCAAUGGACCUUUGAACAACACAGUUGUUUGCGAGGGUGGUCAGUGCAGUGAGUUUCUAUUUUUUCGCAAAAAAUCGUCAAAAUGCAAAAUUAAUUUUGAAAUUGAAGUUGGUGAAAAGAACGCGACUCAAGAGUUUGGGACAAACAGCAACGGAACGAAUCAUGAAACGGCUACCACGCUUGGUUAAGCUGCUUUUUCCACUUAAAGAAUUUUUCUGAAACUUUAGGCUUCACCUCAGAAACUGGUUGCCGCAUUACUAAUUUUGAUCCUUCAAGCAGGCCUUCCUCAAAAGGCUUCAAAGUUUUCGAGUUGUUGAAUAUAUUGGGAAAAAUGGAGUUUCAGGCGGUUGGGGCCAGAGAAAACUGUGCGGCGGCCUGUGCUACCGAAACUUCGUUUUUUUGUGAAGCUUACAGUUCUCCAGGACCUGGAGGAUCAUGUGUUCUGUACGGAAAACUUGAUAAGCCGGUCAUCUCCCUAUCCCACAGUAGAUACUACUUGCAGGACGUCUUUUGUUCUCUCAACGGUGAGUCAGUUUUUUCCUGAUCAAGGAAUAUAUUCAACUUACUUCAUAAGACCAUAGGACUACUAAGCGUCGUUCAACUUUUUUUUCCAGACACAGAGAAAUAAGAGGUUGUGAAUCAACUAAAAUUUUCAUGAACAAGUUUUCUGCACUUACGUCACUGACCAAUAUUCACAAAUUCAGAGGAAAAUUAUAUCUAAAAUAGAAAAUCGACUCAAAUCUCGGUAUUUACGGUAGAAAAGUCAAAAACUACACAAAUUCAGCUAGUAGCACGGCGGUGAUGUGCCACUGGGAACUUGCUCGCACCGGAGUGUCCCUGGAUUUUUCAAAGGCUUCUAAUUUCGCUUCCAUCGGUUUGCAACAAUUCUUCUGUCGAGAAAACCUAAUUUCCUCAGCUUUCACCAUUGACGCUGCCCAUUGCGGAACGCUGUGCAUGAUGAAUUUUCCAAUCUUCAAACCGAGACCUUGCCGAGCCUACGCCUGGGAUCAUACCAUCAGUUCGAAGCUUUGAAAAGAAGUAAAACGUUUUUUUUUUUCAGGCUACACAACUGGAAAAGUCAACUGUUUUAUGUACGACGACGCUUUUGUCACAAAUACUACCCAGCCUGGAGUUCUGGAUUUGUAUCAACUUUUAUGCUAACCUUUUGUUUUUUUAAGGUUUUUAAUAAAAGGGUCAAAAAAUUUUUUUAUGUGCCGAGCACAAGUCCAAAAAAAGGAGAAAAUAUGUUUAAAAAAACAACGUGGUUUCAAAAAUUUUUUUAUUCAAUUUUUUUGUAAAAAAAGUAUCAUAUCUCUCGAGGCAUCGGUUAAAAAACAGCGAAAUACAAAUAAUGCAAUCACUUACUCUUUUGAGUGUUUCAACUUUCAUAACUUUUACGUCUGAGCUUUUUUUUUUGAAUUUAUAGUCGGUUCAAAUCGUCAUACCUUGAGUUUUACACAAUUUCCAAAAAUUAGGGAAAAAACGAUUUUCCGCUUUAUAAAAGAAGUUUAACUGGUUAAUUAACGCGAAAAGGCUUAGAAGUGUGGAAAGUAUAGCCGAACGGAAAUUAGGUGGGUCCUGUGCGCAUGGACGAACUUAGAAGUGUCAAAGGCGAAAAGCAGUGGAAGCAGACUUCCGAUUCGAAAGGAAGGCUUCUGAAACGCGAGCGGCUUGACGUAUUGCCCAGCGGCUACUGUUGCAACCGCUAG